AGGUCAUUCAGUCUCGAGAAAUCUCGCUCUACAAGUCAGCUGACCUUGUAUGUAAUCCAUGUCAAAUCUCGCGAGAGCAGCCGCGACAACUAAACAGCAUGGCGCCUCAGUCUGGAAAACGCCAAUUCGGAUUGUUUUUGCACCGUCUGGCGGUGUAUCUGCUAUGAUUGGAAUAUUUUUGGAGUAAUUAUAACGUAUUUGAUGAUCAGACACAUUGUCACGUGGUGUUGCUGGGAUGUUUUCACGGAGAAACGAUCGUUUUGAGAAAGAUUGCAUGUUGUGCAGUAGCAUAUAAGUGCAUGGCCUAAGUGUGACUUGGGGUUCAAUCGGCAUUUUGGUAAGAGGGCGCAGCACCCCUGUUCCCCAGUUUAGACGAAAGCCUGACGCGGGUGAUCUGUUCGGACGUUAUCACUGAAAAGUAGACUUGAAAGAAACCUGUGUGAGACUUGGCAAAAAAACUGUGGAUAUAAUGGAUAAGUCUGUGCAUGAUCUGCGGACACUUUGAGGUCAAACUCUGAGAACUGGUCCUGGUGGCCAUCUUGGCAGCCAACAUCUAUGUCCUUGCUGAAGCGUGCAGAGGCUAAAAUUCUUGCCUGUAUUAAGAAUGAAGUGCGGUCCCAAUUUAUCACGUUGCCAAAUCAAAACAGAAUCUGGACCGUGAUCGUGAGGAACAAGGCAACACGCAAACCUUCAGACCAAGCUUCUCCGAUCCCCCUUGUGAUGGUCCACGGCUUUGCAGGGGGAGUCGGCCUCUGGGUCCGAAAUCUGGAUGCUCUGAGCCACUCGCGUUCCGUCUACGCCUUCGAUCUGCUCGGAUUUGGGCGCAGCUCUCGCCCGGCCUUCCCCAACGACGCCACGUUAGCCGAGGAGCAGUUCGUCGAAUCCAUAGAACAGUGGAGGCAGAGCCUGGGUUUGGAGCGUAUGAUCCUAUUGGGCCACAGCCUAGGAGGUUACCUAGCAACGUCAUAUUCCAUCCAGUAUCCUGAGAGGGUCAGGCACCUCAUCCUCGUGGAUCCCUGGGGCUUCCCGGAGAAACCACAGCCUCAGCAGGAAGGCUCGUCAGCUCAGGUUCCGGGGAUCAAGAGACCGGGGGUGCCUCACUGGGUGAAAGCAGUCGCGUCUGUCUGGAGUUUGUUCAAUCCUCUGGCCAUCAUCAGAUUAGCAGGACCAUGGGGUCCAGGCCUGGUGAACAGAUUCCGACCUGAUUUCAGAAGCAAGUUUGAGGAUCUUUUUGACGAUAACACCAUUACUGAUUAUCUCUAUCACUGUAACGCACAAACGCCCAGUGGGGAGGUGGGAUUCAGAGCCAUGUUAGCGUCUCUUGGUUGGGCAAAGAGGCCGAUGGUGCAACGAGUGAACCUGCUGCCACCCUCGAUGCCCGUCACUAUGGUGUACGGCUCACACUCGUGGGUGGACAGUUCCACAGGCAGCCAGGUCGCCCAGAUCAGGGGCCCCCAGAGCCCCACACAGGUGGUGUUGAUUGAUGAAGCAUCUCAUCAUGUCUAUGCAGACCAGCCUGAGGAGUUCAACCAAGUGGUCGAGAACAUCUGCAGGACUGUUGUCUGAAUGUGAGCACAACGGAAUGAUGGAUAGUUUUUAUGUCGGGAAUGUACAAUAGAUUUAUAGCGUUACAGUAAAGAUAACUAUAAUCCCAGGUCCAGAUUUGCAACUCUGAUUUUAUAGAUUUGCAAUUUAUAAACUCAUGGCUUCAUCGUUGUUUGUCUAUGAUAUAUAUAUAAUUUUUUUUUCUCACAAUAAAAUACAACCCCGAUUCCAAAAAAGUUGGGAC